GUUGUUGAGAGGUGCAUACGGUUAGCCGAGUCGUGUGUGCACGUGGAAAGUCUAUGCAUAUAUGUUUAGUAAAAUGUAUUAAUUAAAUAUGUGCUUGGUGGGAAACAGCAUCGUAAAAGUGAAAAAUUGUAAUGGACGAAGCACAUCAAGCAGAUGUUCCGAACUGGAUCCAGCAGCACAGCGUGUACCAAGAUCUUAUGCGUCUAGAUGUGGGUGACAGUGCUCAAGUGUAUGCUGCCUUCCUGGUGUACAUGGAUCUAACAGAAGUUCGUGGCUGGUCAGGGGUGUUUGGCGUUUCCUGUCCAGAGUUACAGGCGGUUCUGCUGGAGGGUCGAGAGAAAGGGGGAGACACGGUCCAGAUGAUCUACCCACUCCCUUCACAUAGAUCCAUCAAGCACAGAGAGUUACGCUGUGUUUUAGACAAAGGUUCCCCAAUGCUCUUGUGUGCAGUGGCGUCUGACUCCAGUCUGGUGUACCAGAGGCUGUGUGAUGGAUUUCUGACCCCUGAUCCUCCAUUGGACAUCCAAGACCAGGGCCGCCGACAGCAUCGUAAACGGAGGUUACAAACAUGAGACACCCAGAUCCAGCAUAAAUAAACACAUCCAAAAGUAAUCAUUGCGAUUAUGAUUGAUGCAGGACAGUUUAGAAACCGAGGUUGAACACGAGAGACGUGAUUUGUUUAGAAUAUUUUUGCCUUCAUCCUAAUAUAUCUUGCUACUGUAUACCACUGUAAAGAGAUUUACAGUAUUAAAGACAACACAAUUGAGCGGCUCCUCUUUACUCAGACAAAUACUUGAAAUGUCAGUUGUGUAAAAUUACAUGGUAUAAAACCCCAAAACUUAAGCAGUGCAAGGAAAACAGACUAAGCAAAAUACAUUGGUAAUUUAUCUUAACAUUAAUGAUACAGAGCUUAAAAAAAAGAUAACAUUAGUAAACCAGAUGCCUUUGUUUACCCUUUGAAUUUUUUUUUUUUCAUUCAGCUUCAAACAUUUUUGGCAAUAUUGUUUGGCCCAACUGCAUAGAGAACUUGUACAACCAUACACAUGGGAUAUUGUUCACUUUAGGGUGAGAGAGAAGACAAAAAAUGGCUUAUUGUUGUCUGUUCAAAAAAAAACAACACUGUGCUUAAGGGUAAGUUUAUCAUUACUGUCAUAACUGUAAAAAGAAACAGCACUUCUUUGUAAUAAAAUGUAUCUAUGUAAAACUCUCAGAA